AUGGCUCAAGCGCGGCCGGCGUCUGAGAUCACCGCGCAGCCACUGCCACAAGUCUCCCUUGGGCCGGGGACAACUCGUUCCAAUGCCUUGCACGCGCUCUUGUUUCAGGCUGAUAUCAAACCCUGGUCAGUCUUCACAAUGAACGUCCAUGAUACCUUCCGGAACCACAACUGGCUUCAGGUCGCCGAGCCACUGAGCCUGAUUGAACUGCCACCGCAACAGGACCUGAUGAAUGACGACCACGACCCCCGAUUUCGCACUCAUUAA